GUGAUCCAAUGGAUGACGCUACCAAUUUUUCAUCUGAUACUGAUCCUGCAGAAACUUCUGAACUUGGAAAACACCAUAGUUCGAGUGUUAACUUAAGAGAUGAUGGUGGAGGGGAUGUAUCUUGGGGCCAUAGCAAGGAUGUCAAGGAAAUGUGUUCUGAUAAAACACAUAUAACCAACAGCAGCACAGUUGGUCAUCCGAGCAUUUAUCUGAUGACCCAGAGGACCCAAAUCAUCUGGAAGGGACCACUGCGGAACACCAUAGCAACUCAGGAGCUGAUGGUGAGGCUUGCUCUACUUCGCAGAGAAGCUCAUUAUUACCUGGUUGCAGUAUUGUUCACGUAGUUUCAAAUGCUACGGUUCAUGCUGACUUUAGUUCAUCAACGAUUUGCCCAAAAUCAAAUGGAUAUCCGCCUGAAGAAGAUGCUGUGCAAACAGCACAGACUUCGCCCAAAUCAGACCUAGAGUUGCGUCAUGGGGGACUUGAGAAUGAAUCUUCCAAGUUCAAUGUAGCAGAGGACAACUGGAUGCCUUUCAUUUCGGAGAAGGAGCUUUUAGUUAGUUCGUAUGCAGAAAAAAAUAUUGAGCCUCAUUCAGGUACUUCAGGAUUCACCAUAUGCAGUGAAGAGACUGAGAAAGAGGACGUUACUGGAGGUUUCUGCUUUGUUAAGAUCAGUCCUGAGUUGAGCUUCUUAUCCCCUUCAGAGUUAGUUGUGGAGGGAGGCAAGGAUACCAGCGAGCAAAAAUUACUUGAGCUAGACAAAAAGGAUGGGAACAAUGUAGCUGUCAAUUCAGAGGAGGUUUUGUUGAGUAUGUCUCUAGACAAUACUGCUGAACCAGACUAUGGAACUGAAGGUUUCUCUUUGCACCCUCAAGAUUCCAAUAUGAUGGAGGUUCCUGCAGUUACCAAUAUUUUUUCUGCUACUCCUGAAUCAAACCACCCAGCAUCUCUGGACUCCAAUGAUGCUCAAACAUGUGAUGCACACUUACCGGAGCAGGAAGGCCAGGAAGAUUUUCUGGAUCCACUUGUGGUUGAUUCUUUUGAGGACUCAUUUGCUACAUCGGAAUUUUUGUCGCGCAGUGCAGGUGCUGAGAUGACCGAAGUUCUGGGUGGUGUCAAGGAAGGUUUGUCUGAGGGGGCAUCUAACCAUCAAAAUGAUGUUGUCUCUCCUUCAGCAGAUGGCGGUGAUGCUGAGAAUGCAUUGAGCUAUUCAGUGUCUGUCGAACUCAUCCCAGAACCCAACAUAAUGGAAGCUCUUCAAAAUGAGGUAAAUAUGACCGAAAUUCUCAGGGGUGGCACAUUUCCUGCACAAGAAAAUCAUAAUGAUUUCAGCUUUGAUGAGAGGACCUCCAUGAUAAUUCCCAAUGUGAAGCCUGCAGAGAACUAUACAGACUAUGCAAGGUCUUCUGAACUUAUUCCAGAAAUCAACAUGAUAGAAACUCUUAACAUCGGCAAGGAAGCAACUGCUCCUUUAGAACAUGAAGUUUCUUCAAAUUAUGACAUUAGUUUGAAAGCUCCUGAUGUAGGCAAUGGCGUCGAAAAAUUUGACAACUGGUCAUUUGGUCCAGUAGUUGAUGCAUCUGAAAGCUUGCAAGCUGCUCAGGGGUUCUCUAAUGUACAAUCUGAAAAUGAUUUUGCAUUUGGUUUUCAAGGACCUGAAAGAGCAAUUGUUUCCAUCUCCCAAUAUGAGGUUGAUAGUUUAGAAAAAAAUGGCUCAGAUUCUAUAUGUGCUGAUGAAGCAACCAUGAAUGGUGAUAUACAAGGUAUCAGUAAAUCACCAUCUCAGUCACAAGUUGAACUCCCUGGGGCCUAUGUUACUACAGACAAGGUCAAUCAUCCAGAGCACUCGAGAUCCUCCUCAUCUGUUCUUGAUGACAAUUUGAUAGAACUUGCAGCAGGUAAAGAAAGAUCUUUUGAUCCUAAAGAUGAAAAUCCAUCUAAUUUUCAGGAGACAUCACCAUAUGAAAGUCUUUCAAACAAUCUGAUGUGUGCUUCUGCUUCACAUACCAGCAAGAAGGAUUCUGUAACAUUUUCUGUGAAAGGAUUUCCUGAUCCUUCACUGGAAGACGUUAAUAGUUUUGAUAAGAUUUCUGGUGAUGAACAGGUCAAUAAGUCACCAAAGGAAAAUGCCCUCGGUUGUGAGCAUAUAGUCAGAACUCAAGCUGAGGUUAACUCUAUUGAAAGUCAGGGUUUCACUGAAACUUCAAAUUGUAAUUGCACUCAAGCUUCUGAAAGCGUCAAUGAAGGGUUUUUCGAGCAAGAACAUCAAGGACCAGAAUUGGUGCUUAGUCAGGUGGGGAUGACCUUCUUCAUGGAUGAGGGCGAGGAAACUGAGAAGUGUCUUGGUAGUUCCAGCACUGCUUGUGCUUUGGAGACUCUCCAAGUACUGCCUGUAAGUGCUAGAAGUGAAGAAGGUUUCCUUGAGGCAAGUAAAGUGCGUGAGUUGUGUUGCACAGAUAAUAAGGAACCAAAAGACACUAAAGUUAAUGAUAUGGAAGAGGGCGUUCAAGACUUAGACAAGGACCAUGAGCACAGAAUAGUCCCUAGGUCUUCUUCAGGCUUGAGAUUGCACCUGCUCUGGCAGAAAAGCCUUUUGCAAAGCUUUAUUCAAAAGAUGUUCUUUGGGGAGAUUUGCCGAUCGGUACAAUCAACGAUCUUGAAGAUUCACGACUAGCUUUUUCAACAGAGGAAACAGGAACCUGUUAUUCACAAUCACCAGUAGAGUGGGAUCAAGAAUGGAGCUUUUGUACAGGUGGUAUGUGAAUUUCCUAAGAUUUUCACCUCGUGAAAUGUAUGCAAUCACCUCUGGAUUAAGUUACUUGUGUGGUUGUGCAUAAAUCUCAGAAUUGUUGAAAAGAGAAGUCCAUCCUUUGGAGUUUCUUUUUUUGGGGUGCAUUUGUACAUAUCAGUAUAUUUGGGUAAAUAUGUUGACAUCAGUAGCUCACGUGCAAUAUGUUAGAAUGCCUCAUUUCUUGAGGUGAUACCAGUUUAGAUGACUGCUUCUCAGGUCCAGUCUUUUGUUGUUCUUUCAUAUGAGUUGUACUGUCCAAGUGGUAUGCAUUUUGUUCUGGUGUAGAAUACACUAUUUUUUUGGUAA